AUGGACUACACACGACAUUCUUCUCAGCCAGCGACCGUCGACCUCGUCCGAGCGGACCUGGCGGAGAUGUGGACCAUCGACGGUCUCGAGCUGCAGAGUCCGAAAAGAUCAAGUUCAGCAUCCAAUGCUAGCGACAUGCUUGAUCUUGAGUUCCUCCCCACUCCCGGGUGCCGCCCCUCAAAGGCCAAGAAGAAAGACCCUUUGCCUGAUAUGCUAGCCGACAUCUUGGAGCUGUCACCCAACCCGAAGGCGGCCUGCCACGAGAAAGGGGUUUCCAACACAAAACAACGGGGGAUAGGGAGCGACACUCCGUCGGAGGAUCAAAUGCAAGGACAAGACGCUCCAAGCCGAUUGUCCAUUGCCGCCAACCACCCAAGCAACCAGUCUGAUCCCAGCGGGAAGAUGGCUGCGCAGUCUACGUCAAAGAAAGGUUCAGCCAAGGCGCCCCAGCAAACUAAGCGUCCGUUGGCGAGGGCCGGUCCUGCCACUGCCCAAGCAAAGACCAAAGCAAGGAAACGGGAUCAUGACCUGUUCGAGUUAAGCGACUCGACAGACUCGGAAGGCGUCGUCUCCGGGCGAAAGAAGCAGCAAGUCAGGCGAGUGUCUCCAGGGAAGCCUCCAGUGCGUCGUGCGCAAGGAGCCCACACCGUCAACAAACAGGAAAGCGCCGGAUCCGGUGUGCGCGGCAAGUCUACUCGCGUCCCGAAAAAGCUGGCCAAACUUCACGCCCCUGAGCAAGCCAAUGAUGAGGCCGGGCCGGCAUAUUCCGGUACACUCUUACGUGCAGGCCAGCAGGUAGCGCUGAACAGCGCUUUGGACCUCGCCGAUGAGCCCGCAGUGGCCAAAUCAAGCUCUCACCAGAAACCACGAACUCGUCUUCCGGCAUCAACUGUCCAUGGUGCGGUCAACUCCGGUCUCACUUCGUCAACACCUCCCAACCGUUCGCCGAUCGUGGAGAGAAUGAACGAGCCCAUCCUCCCGCCUCGCUCAGAGGCUCUUGAUGCUGUCGCCGUGUGCCACAAACGCACGGAGAAAGAAAAUGAGGCUCCGCGCUUGACCUCGCCACUGUUUGUGGAGCAAGACGGAGAGAGCAUGAAUGCAAUCGACGGUCCAGAUAUCUCUGGGACCGUCGAUCCAGGACUUGCUACAACCCCUUCAUGGACAAUGCCCCUCAAGCGGGCUCCCACCCCCAUCCGCUUCAAUCCUCCGCUGUCCUUCCAGCCCCAAGCGCCAGCUAAUCAAGCGGAAAUACAUGAGCUGGGUGAUAAUACCUGUCAGCUCCCAGCAGGUAUAAGGGAGGCUUUCCUUUCUGAUGAGCAGCCCGCGAUGGGUUCACCCUCUCCAGCGCCUGAGCUUCUGCCCGGCGCAAACAACGGAGCCUCAGAUCCGGAAGAGGUCUGGAAACAGGCUGUGGAGGACGACACUCCGCCUGCCGUUCUGCACAGGAUCAUCACUUUAUUGCAUCGCUCCCUCAAGCCGAGAGAAGAGGUCGUGCGGGACAUCGCCGUCGAGUACCAGGAGAAUGCUUUGCGGUUGCUUGACAAUUUGAGUGCGCGCCAUAUUCAAGAGAGAAGCGGCACUCUGAACGCUUUAAGGAACGCAUCGCGGGGCGCCUUUUCGACCUUUUCGGGUGCUGGUUCUGAUAUGGCCAUUCUAACUGCCGGACUUCGAGACAUGGACGUCACAAACACAGCAGAGACGCUCAAAUGUCCGGUUUUUGCACAGAAGCUCGAUGAUGCUGCGCGUCUGUGUCAAGCAGCCGUAGGACAUUACACUGGGCAUCCAGACUCUACGGCCAGUGGAGACGGCUUCGUGUGGGAUGGAGAAGGGAGAAGUGAGAUCCUUGGCGAUCUGGCGGAAAGCUAUCGACUUCAGCUUUUCGAAGCAACACAACGACCGGAUGCGCAAGCUCUUGAGAACUGCGACAAGGUCGCUACACAGGUUGAUGAGUUCAUCAAGUGCUGUCUUCGCAGCGAGCCCAAGAAGGUCUGCCUCGCUGGAGCAAAGAGGCCCGGAAAACCCGCCAGGACUGCCGAUAGAGCCCUAGAAGUGUUUUUGGACAGGGCCAUUGGCACAUUGCAAGAGAGUAGCAACAAGGAAGAAUCCCCUGAGAGUGUCGUUCAUGUUGCCUCUGAGGGCUCAGACAUGUCGAGUUUUGGGUUUCGCAUCUAA